GGCCAUUUUCUGCUGGAAGCAAUUCCAUCUCGUUUGAAUGGAUUGGGUACAGUCUCAGGCCUGAGCACCUGGUCAGGAUUGGUGUUAAAUUCACCGUGACUUUUGUGGCACUUACUUUCGCUCUUUCAAAACGUUCAACAUGAAACUUGCCUUGUAUUUGCUGCACAUCCUACUCUAUCUUCAUGCACAGCUCGUGUCUGGAAGAACGAGUGACUCGGCAGCACCAGACUAUGUUCUCGUUGCGACAGCUCAGGACCUCAUCAUCAACUGUCAGAUGAGGUAUUCUGUCGUACUGAAUGGAACUUCUCCUGGACCCCUGUUGCACAUGAAAGAAGGGCAAAGCACCUGGAUCAGAGUGUUCAAUCAUAUAAAGGAUGAGAAUGUGACCGUGCAUUGGCAUGGACUGAGCCAAAGAACUUCACCUUUCUCAGACGGCACUCCUCUUGUUUCUCAAUGGCCCAUCGCACCUAACAAUUUCUUUGACUAUAUUGUCACUCCUCAGGUCGGUGAUGCUGGAUCAUACUUCUAUCAUUCUCAUGUUGGAUUUCAAGCCAACACAGCCCAAGGAGUUAUCAUCGUCCAAGACCAAGAUGAGCCCCCUUAUCAUUACGACGAAGAUCUUCCAUUGUUCAUCCAAGACUAUUUCCCCAAAAAUGAUUCAGCAAUCCAAGCUGGGUUGCUAGCAAACCCAUUCAAGUGGUCAGGAGAAGCAGAGUCGAUCCAAAUCAACGGCUUUUCGGGAAACUCAUCCUUCAAGAACGCUUCUGACGCAACAUGUACACCCCUCAUAAUUCCAUUAUCCCCAGGAAGCAUUUAUCGUCUGCGAUUCAUUAGCGGGACAUCACUCUCGUUGGUUACGUUGGGGAUCGAGGAUCACGAUAACCUCACCAUUAUAGAGGCCGAUGGGGAAUAUACUAUGCCUUGGGAAACGGACCAUCUUCAACUUGGGAGCGGACAGCGCUUCAGCGUCCUGAUUCAGGCUAAGUCGAUCGACGAGUUACGGAAAGCUAACAAAACCAUGUUCUGGCUUCGGUAUGAAAAUCGAGACAGACCGGCAAAUACCUCCGGCUACGCCUUGCUUCAGUACAAAGUCGAUGACAUGUCGUUACCAGAAGAGCUACCAGAUGAACCACCUGUACAUCUUCCGAGCAAUGUCACGGCCUGGGGCGAGUACUCUCUCGAAGCACUCGCGCUGGCCGAACCUUUUCCCACUCUAGACGAAGUCACGAGAACAGUCACCAUCACAAUGAGACAGGUGAUUCGAGAAGGUGCUUACACCAACAAAACUAUCAACGGUACAUUAGAAUGGGCUCAGGACGACCUCGUUUGGCAGACCGAAUCGCGCGAAACCAACAACAGUCUUCCAUACCUGAUUCAGAUCUAUCUUACAGGCCAAGUGCCAAACUAUACAGCGGCGCUCGAGAACGGGGGUUGGGAUCCGUACAGCCACGCCUUCCCCGCGCUUCCUGGAGAGGUGCUAGACAUUGUCUGGGAGAGCAAUUCCGGACCAACAGGAGGAUGGGACUUUCACCCAAUGCACGCUCAUGGAAAACACUAUUUUGACCUCGGAUCUGGCAACGGCACGUACAAUGCAACGGAAAACGAGAAACACUUUGAAGACUAUACUCCCGCCCGUCGAGACACGACACUGCUUCACAGGUACGCAGUGUCGGGGGAGCCGGAACAGACCGCUGGAUGGCGAGCAUGGCGGAUUAGAGUGACCGAGGACGAUGUGGGAGCCUGGAUGUUGCAUUGUCAUAUCUUGCAACACAUGACUAUGGGUAUGCAAACUGUGUGGGUAUUUGGAAAUGCGAGUUCGAUCUUGGCCAAGUUUCCUAACCCGCCUUUUGUUAACGGAUAUCUAAACUUUGGUGGCGAUGCAUAUGGCAAUGACACAUAUGAUCCCAUGAACAAUCAUUUAUAG